AUGAAGCUACCACUCUCUGCCCCAUCAACUUCUCGACUCCUCUCAACCUCCCGAGUCAUUGACUUUAACGGCAAAGAGAACCUCACCAUCACCCUCGCCGACGGCCGUACCCUCGGGUAUGCCGAAUACGGUCUCUCCACUGGCUAUCCCCUCUUCUUCUUGCACGGCUUCCCCUCUUCGCGUCUCGAAACCUACCCACUGGAUCGCCUGGCUCUUCGUCGCGGUAUCCGCAUCAUCGCCCCCGACCGCCCUGGCUUCGGUCUCUCGACAGCGCAGCCGGACCGGCGCAUAACGGACUGGCCCGCAGAUGUCGCCGCUCUCGCUGAUUCUCUGCACAUUUCACGUUUCGCGGUCCUCGGCUGCUCGGGCGGGGGACCGUAUGCGCUGGCAUGUGCGCGCUACUUGACGCGCCCGAUGGUGUCGGCCGUGGGAGUCUUUGCGGGAGCGCCGCCUUGGGCUGCAGGCCCGCAUUACAUGUCGUGGUACCGCCGGGUCAUUGCGUGGGCGGCAGUGUACACGCCGGGCACCUUUGCUGCAGCAACAAGCACGUGCAUCGGUCUGUUGAGGUGGUUGGUGAAGAAGCGGCCAAUCAUGCGAUGGAUUGACGCAUCGCUAGAGAAGCGCCGUAGUAAGGAAGGAAAAGAAGAAGAAGAGUUUGGACUUGGAGAGGAUGUGCAGCUUUCGAUAGCGGAGACACGAGAGCGGAUGGUGCGGCUACUUUUAGAGGGCUUUAAGCAAGGCUCAACGACGUUUGUGCAUGAGGCCAGGUUACUAUCUGAUGCGGACUGGGGAUUCCAGUUAGAAAAAGUAGACUAUAAUCCUGUCAGGAUCUGGCAUGGAUUAAAAGACGCGAACGCCCCGAUCGAGGCAAUUCGGUAUAUGGCCAAACGCCUGCCUCAUAGUAACCUUACGGAGUUGGAGAACACUACUCACUAUACCAUGGCGAAAUACUUCUCCCAAGCAUUGAACGACCUUGUGCCGGAAGAGGAGCUUGAAAGACACAACGUGAAGACAUAG